GGCCUUCGUUCCAGGACAAAAACGACAAACCAGAAAAAGCAAAACGCAAUCCCACUUGGUCAUAUAUCUUUUCUCUUCCUCAUUUCUUUCGCUCACAUUUUCCAUCUUCUUCUCCUUCGUCUUCUUCGCAUCCCAUUUUCUGAAACCCUAACCUUUUCUCUUUCCUUUUCGUUCCCAAUCUCUGAUAAUAAUUCAAUUAUUGGAUUUUCUUCUGGAGAAUUUUAUCAUUUUUUAGUGUUUUUUUUAAUUAUUUUUAGAAGCGAGAAAAAUGGAUUUACAGAGAGUUAUACUUGUUUUUCUGCUGGUGAUGGUGUUGAGUCUGGAGUUUGGUUCAGCCGGGGACAUAGUUCACAAUGAUAAUAUUGCUCCCAAAAGGCCUGGCUGUGAUAACAACUUUGUUCUGGUAAAAGUCCCUACUUGGGUUAAUGGCAUAGAAACCAGCGAGUAUGUUGGUGUUGGUGCUCGAUUUGGUCCUACCUUGGAAUCAAAGGAAAAACAUGCCAACCAUACUAGAGUGGUUCUGGCAGAUCCUCCUGAUUAUUGUAGUGCACCAAAUCAAAAGCUAUCGGGGGAGAUUGUCUUGGUGCAUAGGGGAAAUUGCAGUUUCACAACAAAGGCUAAUUUUGCUGAAACUGCUCAUGCUUCAGCUCUUCUCAUUAUAAACUACCGAACAGAACUUUUCAAGAUGGUGUGUGAAGAGAAUGAAACUGACAUAAUCAUAGGCAUACCUACUGUAAUGCUACCUCAAGAUGCUGGUACAAUCUUGGAAGAAGAUCUUAAGAAUAAUUCCAAAGUGUCUGUGCAGCUAUACUCUCCAUUGCGUCCACUGGUUGACAUUGCAGAAGUAUUUCUGUGGCUUAUGGCUGUUGGUACCAUCUUAUGUGCGUCGUAUUGGUCUGCAUGGACUGCUAGAGAAGCAGCACUUGAACAAGAGAAACUAUUAAAGGAUGCGUCAGAGGAAACUUUACACAUGGAAGACGCAGGGUCAGCUGGUUAUGUGGACAUUAAUACCACUGCAGCAGUUCUCUUUGUUGUGAUUGCUUCAUGCUUCUUGGUUAUGCUUUACAAACUAAUGUCAUUUUGGUUUGUGGAGGUUCUGGUGGUCCUGUUUUGCAUUGGUGGAGUAGAGGGCCUGCAAACUUGCUUGGUGGCUUUGUUAUCCUGUUUCAGAUGUUGUAAACAAGCUGGAGAGUCAUAUGUUAAAGUGCCAUUCCUUGGAGCUGUUUCAUACCUGACUUUAGCUGUUUCUCCUUUCUGCAUUACGUUUGCUGUUGUUUGGGCAGUUUAUCGCCGCGAUUCCCUUGCAUGGAUAGGUCAAGAUAUCCUAGGUAUUGCAUUGAUAAUUACAGUUCUUCAGAUUGUUCGCGUACCAAAUCUUAAGGUUGGAACAGUUCUUCUCAGUUGUGCUUUCUUGUAUGACAUCUUCUGGGUAUUUGUUUCAAAGUGGUGGUUCCAUGAGAGUGUGAUGAUAGUGGUAGCUCGUGGUGAUAGGAGCGGGGAGGAUGGUAUCCCAAUGCUACUAAAAAUCCCAAGAAUGUUUGAUCCUUGGGGUGGCUUCAGCAUCAUUGGGUUUGGUGAUAUUAUCCUGCCUGGAUUGGUAGUAGCAUUUUCACUAAGGUAUGAUUGGUUGGCGAACAAGAAGCUUAAAACUGGUUAUUUCGUGUGGGCAAUGACUGCAUAUGGUUUAGGGCUCCUUAUCACAUAUGUGGCUUUGAACUUGAUGGAUGGGCAUGGUCAACCAGCUUUGUUGUACAUUGUUCCAUUUACAAUAGGCACUUUGUUGACAUUGGGGAAGACGAGAGGUGAUCUUAAAAUUCUGUGGACAAGAGGAGAACCAGAGAGAUGUUGUCCGCAUGUCAGACUUGAACCCUGUGAAGAUAAGGACCAGGAUUAAUAAUAAUAAUGCCUUACUGUAAUUGUAUGACAGUUUUAAGUUAAUUAAUAUAUAUAUAUAUAAUACACACGUGAAAACCUGGCAACUCUUUUUAACAUUUGAUUAGUUGUAGGAGAGCAUGUAACAGCUGCAGCAUUAUUAUUAGUUCGGCAUUUAUAAACAUCCAACUCAUUAAAAAAAAAAGGAACAGUAAGUUCAGUUCUAGUUAUUGAACAAGAACAAGGACUUUAAUAUUUAUUCAGUUGCUUGUGAGGAAGCUCCUUCAAUAUUCCCUUCCCUGCAAAAUUCAUUCCAUAGGGUUUUUUUGUUUUUGUUUUUCAAAGAACAGUUUUGUUGAUUUAACUCUGGGAGAAUUAGUACAAUGGUUAUGGCCAAAGUUUCACUAA